CUCUUUAAUAAUCGUUUAUUAGUAAUUCUGCCGUUAGCUCGACGCUGCUAACUAGCUCGCCUCCGCUACCGCUAGCUUCGAGGCUAACAACGCCAACAAAAAACAAAAAAAAAUGUUUGCCAUUGUUUUGAUCCUGGGAGGGCGCGUUACACCCGCGAGGCUGUCCACAUGCUGCCGAUGGAUCCGCUGUGCAGUUGUGUCCGGAACACCAUUGACACGACCCCGCGACACACGCGUUGAGAUGUGCUGCCGAUGGCGAUCUCGGUGACGGGAAGGGAGAAAGCUUCAGCGAUGGAGAACUCAAGGAGAAGAAGUGCACAAUAUGCGGCCAGAUCUUCACCACUGAGAGCCAGCUGCAGAGGCAUCUCCGGGAACAUGAGGUCAACGACAAGGUCCACGCACGCCACCGCGGACUUCACCUGCCCCGUUUGCCACAAGCGGUUCUCCCGCAUCGCCAGCCUCAAGUCUCACAUCAUGCUGCACGAGAAGGAGGAGAAUUUGAUCUGCGUGGAGUGCGGAGAUGAGUUCAUCCUUCAGAGCCAGCUGUCCCUGCACUUGGACGAGCACCGCAAGGAGCUGUCGGGCGUCAAGGUCUACACCUGCAAGACCUGCGACAAGGAGUUCAAGACGUCCGCGCACCUCAAGGAGCACAUGAAGAGUCACGUCAAGAUGAGGCCGCUCAGCUCUAGUUCCAGAAACUACAAGAAGAACAUUGACCGCAGCGCCUUCCAGAACGGCUGCCACCACUGUGGGAAGGCUUUCAAAAAGCCCAGCCAGCUUGUUCGCCACAUACGAAUACACACAGGUGAGCGGCCUUACAAGUGCUCGCGUUGCGGGAAGGCUUUCAACCAGAAGGUGGUGCUGCAGACCCACAUGGUGAGGCACACGGGAGAGAAACCUCACCUCUGCAUGUUCUGCCCGGCUUCCUUCUCCCAGAAAGGGAACCUGCACUCGCACGUACAGAGAGUUCACUCCGAGGCUAAAGGCGUGCCACUGUUUCCAUGCAUGGACUGCAGCUGUGUAUUCAAGAAGUUGGGCAGUCUGAACGCCCACAUCAGCAAGAUGCACAUCUCUGUAAUUGAGCUGCCCUCAAGCACUCCGGAGAUGGAGGUGACGGGUCAGGCGCCUGGGGGGCCCGAGGGCGGCGAGGGGGUGACAGACGUCAUCCAGCAACUUCUCGAGCUUUCUGAGCAGGUCAGCGGGGAGACGGACCAGACCCAACCUCCAGAGCCAGCUAUCGCCAUGGAAACUGCCAUCAACCAGGACAUCCUGCAGCAAGCCCUGGAGAACAGUGGGCUGAGUGUGGUCCAGCCACAGAGCGACGGCACAGCCAGAGAGUCCCACGACCAGAACGACGGCGCCGGAGAAGGCAAGAAAGCACAAGGUCCCGACAAGCCGGCCCGGGAGAAGAAGAGGAGCAUUUUCAAGAAGCCUAUUCAAAUGCCAGGCUCCAUCCGGGAGGAGAAUGGCGUCCGCUGGCACGGCUGCCCAUACUGCUCCAAGGAGUUCAAGAAGCCCAGCGACCUCGUUCGCCACAUCCGCAUCCACACCCACGAGAAGCCUUUCAAGUGCAAACAGUGCUUCCGAGCUUUUGCCGUCAAGAGCACCCUCACGGCACACAUGAAGACGCACACGGGCAUCAAGGCCUUUGAGUGUCAGUGCUGCCUCAAGUGCUUCUCCACUUCUGGCAGCAUGAAGGUGCACAUGCGUCUGCAUACAGGUGUGCGUCCUUUCCCCUGCCCUCACUGUGACAAGAUCUUCCGUACAUCGGGCCACAGGAAAACCCACGUUGCGUCUCACUUCAAAAGCUUGCAGCAGAAGAAGCACAAGUUUCCCCGCAAAACCAACAAAGCCAAAGUGUCCAAGAGUAACCUGUCUCUGCCCGAUAUCCCCCUGCAGGAACCCAUCCUCAUCACUGACUUCGGCCUCAUCCCAUCCCAGAACCACCGUCUGGCUUUCCAGCAAUACCUUGAGGUGGUGGGCAGUGACCGGCCGUACAAGUGCCAGUUCUGUAGUAAGGCCUACAAGAAGUCGAGCCACCUGAAACAGCACGUGAGGUCUCAUACAGGAGAAAGGCCCUACACGUGUGUGCAGUGCAGUCGGGGUUUUGCCUCCUCGGGAGUCCUCAAGGCUCACAUCAGGACCCACUCGGGCCUAAAGGCGUACAAGUGCCUGAUGUGCGACACCACGUUCACCACCAGCGGCAGCUUGCGGCGCCACAUGACCACCCACAGUGACCUACGACCUUACAUGUGCCCCUAUUGCCAGAAGACCUUCAAGUCAUCCCCCAACUGCAGGAAGCACAUGAAGACACACAGGUAUGAACUGGCCCAACAGCUGCAGCCCCAGUCAACGGAUGACCCCUUAGGAGGGGGCACAGUAGACCAUGAUAUGCAGGUGGAAAUAGAGGGAGAUUCCCUCCAGCAGCCACCUGCUACCUCAGCAGAGCAGCAAGGCAUGCUGGGACUGGGACAGACAGAGGAUGUGAAUGGAGGUCAACAAGUGACAAUGGAGGCACCACUGGCUGACCAAGCCCUUGUGCAGGGAGAAGACUCGUAUGUGACCACUCAGCAUUCUUUGCCUGAGAAUAUCGGUCAGUUUGAGACGCAAACACUUAACCAGCCCGCCUUCGACCAGCAGGCUCUAACACAAGGCUUCACCAUCACCGAUUCGAGCUACAGCCAGUCCCAGUUCUCCACCGUCCAGCAGCUGCAGGAUUCCAGCACCCUGGAGUCUCAGGCCCUGUCCUCCAGCUACCACCCCCCGAAUCUGCUCCACGUUGCCAGUGCCGAGGUGACAAAUGGGCUUCUUCAGCAGAGCAGUCAGGAUGAGCUUCAGCUGGCCUCUGAAACACAAGACUACCAGGAUGACAGCGAGGACAACAGCAAGAGAGCCUACAGGUGCAAUUGGUGUAAUAAGGGCUUCAAAAAGUCCAGCCAUCUGAAGCAGCAUGUGCGCUCUCACACCGGGGAGAAACCAUACAGAUGUCAUCUCUGUGGACGAGCCUUUGUAUCAGCUGGAGUGCUGAAGUCCCACCUCAACACGCAUACAGGAGUGAAGCCUUUUAAGUGUAACGUCUGCGACGCCUCAUUCACCACCAACGGCAGCCUGAACCGCCACAUGAUUAUCCACAUCAAGUCCUUCAAAUGCUCCGUGUGCGACGAGAGCUUCAGGACCAGCCUGCUGUGUAAAAAGCAUAUGAAAAAGGAGCAUGCGGUGGAGGAUCAAAUUAUAGGUCUGGAUAGUCAAGACGUUGAGGAGGAGGAGGAUGAUGAUGAUGAGGAGGAGGAGGAAGAGGAAGACGACGAGGACGAGGACGGGGAGCAGAAGUCAAAGAGGAGGGGUUUGGAAAUCAUCACGUUCACAGAGGAGCAGACGGCAGAGCUGGCGAAGGAUCCCGGCGAGGAGGCCUCGGUGUCGGAGCGGAUCCUCGCCCAGUCGGCGGCGGAGAGGGAUCGGAUCAGCGAGAUCAAAGACAAGGCCGUGGAGCUGGAAACGGAGCCCAAGUUUGCCAACUGCUGCAACUACUGCCCCAAGAGCUUCAAGAAGCCCAGCGACCUCGUCAGGCACAUUCGCAUCCAUACAGGAGAAAGACCGUACAAGUGUGAUGAAUGUGGGAAGAGUUUUACAGUGAAAUCUACCCUGGACUGCCACGUGAAGACGCAUACAGGUCAGAAACUCUUCAGCUGUCACAUGUGCAACACCUCCUUCUCCACAAAGGGCAGCUUAAAGGUGCACAUGCGCCUCCACACCGGCUCCAAGCCCUUCAAAUGUCCCUUUUGUGAGCUUCGCUUCAGAACCUCCGGCCACCGCAAGACCCACAUCCAGUGCCACUUCCGGCCGAGCCUCGACAGCCGCAGGUCCAAGCGGCUCGCCUUGUCUACAGGUCACGGUCAAGACCCAGAGGCCGGGCAGGCCAUGGGACUGGGCCAGGGGCAGCAGCAAGCACCUUCAGAGGUUCUUCAACCUGUGGGUCUGCUGCAAACGUCCAACUCCGACCCCAACAUUUACCUCCCAGCCAACCAGGUCCUGACGGGGCAGUUUGACCAGAAUCUGCUGCCGCCCGGACUGGUGGGCCAAGCCAUCCUGCCCGCCUCCAUGUCAGCUGCAGGAGACCUGACGGUGUCUCUCCCAGAGGGCCUGACCACGCUGGAUGGCAUCCACCUGCAGCUGACGCCUGCCAGUCUGGUUUGCCCCAACGUCCAGAUCUCUGGCAUCGAUACCAGCAACAUCAACAACAUCACGCUACAGAUCGACCAUGCCCUCCUCCAGCAGACCUUACAACAGGGCGGUCUCCUCUCUCAGCCCCUGACCGUCGACGCCGGCCUCAUCGCCCACUCUAGCAACCAGCUCUUGUCCGCCACUGACCCCUCAGUGUCCGCCAACGUCGUUAUCCACCCGCUGAGCAGCCUGGCCCUGCAGCCCUCCGCCAUCACGCCCACUCAGGUCACAAUGGCCGGCCUCUCUGAGCAGGACGUGGCAGGUUCUCAGGACCUAAGCCAUGUCAUAGGCAGCUCUGGACUGGUCACUGGAGGCCCCAGUGGACAAGAGAUCACCUUGACCAUCAACAAUUCCAGCCUGACUCAAGCCCUUGCCCAGGUUCAGGCCCACGCCUCAGCUGCCGGUGUCAACAGCGCAGCAGGAAACCCUCAGGAGAUCACCCUCACCAUAUCAGGUCAGGAUCUGCUCCCCCAGCACGGCCACCAUAAUGGGGCCGAGAUGACUGGCAGCAUCAGGCUGGCGUCGCAGCCCACCAGCGCGACCCUGACCAUCACCAACGAUCACCUUCUACCUCAUUGCCCCGCAAACACGGGAAUGUCAGUCUCCAGCCUGCCCCCCAGCACCACCCUAUCGCACACCGCUGUGUCCCAGAGCCUGGUGAUGUCACCGGGGGGUGUGGCCGGCGAGGACAGCGUCACUCUGACGCUGGCAGAUGCCCAGGGGAUGCUGGACGGUGUCACUCUCAGCCUCAACACGCAGGGUCAGACGUUCCCCGCAGUGCUGAAUGACCCAGGACAGCCAGCCAGCUCAGGCCAGCAGGUCAUACUGGUCAGCCACCAUUCGCAAUCCACAAACGGAGCGUCUGACAAUGGAUACAAUAUCGCUGACGUUGUCCAUAAAGGGGGAAAAGAUGGCCAGACGGAGGCCGACAACCGUAACCAGUGCUACUACUGUAACCUGGUGUGCCAGAACGCCAACACUCUGCGGCGCCACUGUCGGCAAGCGCACGGCAAGGACCGCUGCCACGUCUGCAGCCUCUGUAACAAGGCCUUCAAGAGGGCAACACACCUGAAGGAACACGAACGAGUGCACCAGCCGGGCCCGUCGCCCAGCUCCCAGAAACCUCGAGUCUUCAACUGCUCCUCCUGUGUGAAGGCCUUCGCCAAGCGCAGCCAGCUGGAGAGACACAACCGGACACACACAGGCGAGCGGCCCUUCAAGUGCAGCCAGUGCGACAAGGCCUUCAACCAGAAGAGUGCUCUGCAGGUCCACAUGGUCAAACACACAGGGAAGAAGCCCUUCAAGUGCGAGGUGUGCAGCAUCAGGUUCACCCAGAAGAGCAACAUGAAGCACCACAUGAAGAGAUCCCACGGCUACGGUCAGAUCCAAGACGUGUGCCUGAGCCAAGAAGAAUCAGGGCACCAGGUCCCUGCCGAACUGGACCUGGUCCCUGAACCAUCCGGAGACUGGCACAACGUCUUCCCCUGACCCCGUUGUACCGGCUGAGCUCU